AAAUUCUGGUUUUGUCGGGUGAGUGUGAAACUUCUUUGUACUUUAAAUCCUGUUUUAAUGGCAAGUUUUCAAAGGAUCUUGGAUGAGUAGCUCUGUAUAUAUCCAGAAGAUAGUGACAAAAUUUAAAAAUUCGAAAGAGUUUUCACUUGGAUGAAGUUUUGUGGAACUGACUGGAUGUACAUUGGCUCUUUGUGGAUAAUUUGUGAUUGUAACUUCAGUAUCUUCAGAGUCAGAGUUUCUGACACUCUCAUCAACUGGAUCCAUUUUUUUCCCCAAAAAUACUUCAUGUCUUGGAUUGAGAGAAGAUUCCUUGGAUUUGAAAGGACAAGUACCAGUAAUUCUCUUCAUAGCGCAGUGUGUUGGGAAUAGGAAGCACUGAUAACGGAUAUUUAUUUCUUGAGUUGCAACUCCACAAAUUUGCUUCUUUAGAUGCAACGUCUGGAAGUCUUGUCGUACAUUCAUUUGUGAUUUGGCCAGAAAUGUGAGUUCCUGAAUUUUGAGCUACAUUUCGGUCGAAAAAGUAGAAUUUUGGUGCUGGACUUAAACGAUUUUAGGACCAGACUACUUGCAAGAGUUCUUAUUGCUUCGGACUGGUCUACUGUGGUUACCAGACUGCUUCGGACCUCAGCUGUCAAAGCACCUAGAUUUCAACAAACCUUGGACUGGUCUGGUACCUUGACUUCUGAGCAUCUUAGACCAGUCUAGUACCUGGACUCCUCUCUACAGGAUAUAAUGCGGUUAUAGUGAUUCCAGCGGUUGUGAUGACCCAGUACAUGCUGCAGCGCUUCCUGGCCCAGGAGACGGAAGCCAUCCACAAUAACGCGUACGACGCGGCGCUGUCCUUCUCACAGGCCACAGACUUGCAGAUUACCAAUGGCGAACUGGUACCCGUCCAGGGUCAGCCGGGCGAGGAUGUUAGUGGAAGGGGUGGUGCCCCGCCCAUGCUCAACGGCCACGACCACCGCAGGAUGUCGGCGUCGCUCAAGAGGUCACAUGACUUGAUGGCCGGUGGGGGGAAUGGAGGAGGGGCGUCGGCUGUGAAAGGUUCGGUGGUGGGGCCCGGAUUGGGAUAUGCCACUGUGAUGUUGACAGAGGAGAGCAGAGAGCCCAAAGUCAAAACGCAAAACACACAUGUCACAUCCCACGGCCUACCAACGACCCAAGGCCCUGCUGACAAACUCUCCAGCAGUGACCUAGUUACCAUGGUAACGUCAGCCUCCCCACUCAGCAUCAGCACCAUGGCAACCACGGUGCAUACGCCCCCAAGUCCUGCUCCUAGCCCCUCCCCUUCAGCGGUUGCCAACACGGCCGCCCACCCAGACGAAAGUAUUAUUCCAAUCGCAAGAAAUGAGAAGAAGUUAACCAAAGAGGCCAUGGGACAGUACUUAAGAGAUCGAUGUCACCAAACAGUUGUCAUACAACAUGCUAAGGUGGCGCAGAAGUCAUACGGAACAGAAAAAAGGUUCUUCUGUCCGCCUCCCUGCAUCUACCUCCUAGACCCAGGCUGGAGACGUAAGCGAGAACAGAUGCAGCACGAUGGAGAGACAGAAGCAGGCUCUCAGGUCUGUGCCUUCAUGGGCAUCGGUAACAGCGAUCAAGAUAUGCAACAACUUAACCUGGAAGGAAAGGAUUACUGUGCUGCCAAGACGUUGUACAUCUCCGACUCCGACAAGAGGAAACACUUUCUCCUGUCAGUCAAGAUGUUUUAUGGAAGCGGGGAGGAUAUAGGAGUCUUCAACAGCAAGAGGAUAAAAGUCAUCUCUAAGCCUUCCAAGAAGAAACAGUCACUCAAGAAUGCCGACUUGUGUAUCCAUUCAGGGUCAACGGUGGCGCUCUUCAACCGUCUCAGAUCGCAGACUGUCAGCACGAGAUACCUCCACGUAGAAAACAACAACUUCCACGCCAGUUCCCAGCAGUGGGGAGCGUUCACGAUACACUUACUGGAUGAUGAGGAAUCAGAGAGUGAGGAAUUCACAGUUCGAGAUGGUUACAUCCACUACGGCUCAACAGUCAAACUGGUGGACAUCGUAACAGGCAUGGCUCUACCAAGAUUGAUUAUCCGGAAGGUAGACAAGCAGACGUCGCUGCUGGAUGCUGACGACCCCGUCUCACAACUCCACAAAUGUGCCUUCUACAUGAAAGACACCGAGCGCAUGUAUCUGUGUCUCUCACAGGAAAGGAUCAUCCAAUUCCAGGCCACCCCUUGUCCCAAGGAGACAGACAAAGAGAUCAUAAACGAUGGUGCCUCUUGGACCAUCAUCAGCACAGACAAAGCCGAGUACAGCUUCUAUGAGGGUAUGGGACCGGUCAAAGCUCCGGUCACACCGGUACCUGUCGUGAUAGACUUACAGUUGAAUGGGGGCGGGGACGUGGCCAUGCUUGAGCUGACGGGAGAGAACUUCACGCCGAACUUGAAGGUUUGGUUUGGGGACGUGGAGGCCGAGACGAUGUACAGAUGUGCCGAGUACAUGCUUUGUGUAGUCCCAGACAUCUCAGCGUUCCGUGGCGAGUGGCGAUGGGUUCGUAGACCGACCCAGGUCCCUGUCACGUUAGUCCGUAACGACGGCAUCAUCUACCCAACGGGGCUUACAUUCACGUAUACACCGGAGCCCGGUCCAAGGCCAAUCAACGGAGCCCUGGAUGGAAUCCUUCAUUAAGUCUGCGGGGUGGAAUUUUUGUAUAAAAUAUCAUCAGGAAAGUGACUGAAAAACUUAUCCUCCGUUAGGUCUGCAGAGUUGUGUCUUUGUAGAGAAAACUCACAAAGAAAUAACAGACAGUCUAACUAGUGGAAUGUGAUGCUUCAUUCGAAUUCCACAAACAUGAUUAAGUGCGUUGCCAUGGAUACACACAUUUACUUUUUAGCGAGGCAUGUUGAAGUGAUGGAAGUGCCAGUUCAUGAGUCGGACAUCAGUGGAACACUCCAUUUUGUAAGAGGGGUGUUGCAUUGCUGAUGUGCUCCAGAGGGAUUGCCUACUUUUGCAAGACGGAGAAAAGGAAUACUUUCAGCUUUUGUUAGUAUGAUUUCUCAAGCACUGUGAUGUCAAGAAAACUCCCAUCGUUAAUAAGAGUAUGAAUUCCUGGCUCAGGAAUUCCAACGUUGCACCGUCAAAAGGAAUUCUAGUUAAGCAAAGCAAGCUCUUCACAGCAUCAGCCAUAUUUGCAGACGACACUCUUCAUACUGUACGAAGGAGUCUUGGAAGAUGCGUUUUUGCAGAGGAGACAUACAUGCAAGAGUUGGAGGACAACGGAGUUCAUCGUUGACUUGUUCCAGAGGAUUUUAUGGCUACAACGUUUCACUGGCAGGAUAUUUGCCUGAAAUUCCCUUUUGACUUGUCUUGGAAGGCAAGAUUUUGAUCAAAACCCAUCAAUUGAGGUCACUGCUGCAGUGUGGGAUGUGAGCCAGCCAACUGACCCUUGCAAGCUCAGUGGUCUGCUGAUCGAACAUCUGCACUCAUGAGCGGGUUUUUGGUUCGACUCCCACUGGAGCAAACUUGUGAAUUUUUUCUCGCACGCUUCCUGGAAGUGCUUGGAAUACUGUGCUUAUAAUAUUUCAUCAGUGAAAAGCAUUUCAUCAUCUUCUCGGUAACUGAUGAGCUUCAAGUCACAAACACUUGUGAUUGUUGCAUCAAAUUCAAGAGGAUUUGCAGAAGUUUUCUUCGCAGGAAUCACAGCCCUUCACUGAUUUGUAGUCUGAGCAAUCCGACUUCAGAUCCGAGGAUACGGAAUUCUUUUACAGUAAGGUAAAAGUUCACGUUUUGGAGGAAAUAAUGGCUGCCAGAUGUGCUGGUUCUCGUGUCUGUUGUCAUGGAAACGAAUGGGUCAAAGGUCACCAUUGGAAAACAAUUCAUAGAUAGACUUUGUUCUAAUCAGCAUAAGGUAUUCAUAAUUGACUGGAAAUGGUCGGCCAUCUUUGUCUGGUUCUCAGUGUCUUUAGCACAUCAUGAAAUGUCAAAUUUGAAACGGAACCAGACUGUAUCUUGCAUCUGGAAUAACGCACUGUUAUUUUUCAAGAUCCGUUUUUGAGAUUCGACACAAGGUCAAUUGUAUAAACACCUUGUUGACAAUCGUCUGGUUUCCAAUAUCACUGAUGAACAUGUACAUACUGAAUCUUAAUUUUGAAUUUUUUUUUAUGACAGGGAGCCAGACCGAUGCUUUUUUAAAUUAUCUUAACUCGGUCUCCAUUUCCUGGUUCAGUAAUUUUUGAGAUUUUUUUUUUCUCUUCUUUUGUAAGCCAUGGUUUUUAUUGUGUAAUAUAUAUUUGGAUGUACCAUGGCAGUUCACAUCUUCUUUUUAAUAAGUGACAGAUCUCAAAUGUAUGGAGGGCAGAUGAGUCAAAGUAGGAAAUUGCCUGAAGCCAUAUUUUCUCUGAUAAAACCAUGAACAUCUUGAAGACAUAAAAUGUUGCCGAAUUGUUGUGAUUUACUGAAAAAAAUUCAGAACAAUCACACCUCUCAUUCGCCAAUUUCAAACGUUAAGAUUUCUUGUACUCCAUAGGCCAAGUAAUGAAACAAAAUUGGUUAAAAACAAAUAAAUUGGUUGUUCAUCUUGAAGUAUGGAGUAACAGCGCCCUCAAGCUAUAAGCCAGUUCGGUAUCUCGGUGAAGUAGUCCAUGUCAGAGGUCAUUCGGGAUAAAAUCGCUGACGUGAUGAUACGCGAUGUUACGCGGACGCCCAUUCUGCUUGCAGUUAACACGCGAGCGUCGUGCGCCUGGGUCCGUGCGCCUUCAUGAGCCUUCAAUUAUCCUGAAUGACAUGUGACCCAUAUCAUUGUGCGCAUGCGCAGUUGAAAUACCUAACUGGAUUAUUGUGUCUAUAGCCCAAAUGAUAGCUGGCAUCGUUAUCCAGAAAACUUUGAUUGCUCUUUCAAAAAAAAAAAAAAAAUACAAAAAAUUGUCUCUUACAAGAAUUCAUUUGAAAUUUGAGGAUGGUUAUUUUGUUCACAAAAAAAAUUGUUGGAGAGAGGAAAGAAAAACAAAAGGUGCCUUAAAAGGGGCAGAAAGAGAACAACAAACAAGUUUUUUUUGUUACAUGGCCUCUAGCCUCACUAGACUUCCAUCAGUCCUUCCCCGAGUCACAAUCAAGCCUUGAACAAGUUAGUUUAAACUUGAGCUUUAAGAAAGAAAUAUACAAAUUUUAUAUAUUUUUAUAUUGUCAUUCUGCAGAAGUGUUGCUACAUGUAUGUACUUCGCACAGCAUAUUCUUUUUAAAGAGAUACGUAAAACUAGGUAGUUUGUUCAUGAGUUGAUAUAUUUGUGUAUAUGGCCCACCUUCAAUUUAACAGGUGCCUUGAUUAAUAGUAGCUUUGUACAUUGUGCAUACACUCCUUUCUUGUGCACCCCCUGCUCCCCCACCCCUUCCUCAGCCCUUCCCUGCCCCUUCCCCGCCCCCUACUGCUCCCCCUCCCUGCCAAAGAUUUUAUCUGUGCCCAAAUGUCCACUUGUUUACUCCUUUCUGUCGCAAACACUUCAAACCUUUUAAACUUUUUGAUAAAGGAUUUCGAAAAGAAAAUGUAAUGUUUUGCGUUUGCUCAUUAUUUCAAGAUCGGUCGGCUCUUUGGCUCUGUGCCAAGUUAAUCUUGCCUCGUCUCAAAAAAGUCACUAUUUUUUUGAAAUUAUGGUUGUUCUACACAAAGUGUGACUAUAACCACCAGAAAAUAAAUUUAAACAAAUCAAAUAAAAAUCGCUGAUUUUAAACAAGCUCAGAUGAUCAGAGAUGAAACUUUUCCGAUUUUAAUCGGAAAUCCGACUUUUUGAAUUUUCCAACGAAAUUUCCAAUUUUUUUUUAUCAAUGUGUCCCACAAAAUUUGAUUUUUUGUAACGAUUUUUUCACAAAAUGUCAUUUUAUUUCAAUCAUAAUUUCGCAGAAAAGUCGAUGAAUAGUCGAUGGAAAUGACACGUUAAAAUCAUCGCGAACGUAGUUUUAAUCUCUUUCACUAGUCGUUAUUGGAGUGUUUCAACGGUAGAAACACAGGCCAUAACACUGAUCGGUGCCUUUUCCGGCUGGACAAAAGGUUAAACAUUGACAGGUGACAUGGAAAAAACUGUGUCGCACGUGCGUGCUUGUACUGUACGCAAUGAUACCAGCGCACGUACCGUACCGUCCGCUCGCACACGGCCGGUCGGGAACAGUAGCCUUCCUUGCUUGCGUCGUGUUUCAUUUCCUUUACCCACGCCCUUUUUUAUAAACCUUUUUAUUCUUUAGUAAUACUUUACCAAAUUUCUGUGAAUAAACCUGGAGCAACAAUGUCACAUCCGCACCCUAUACCACCAGCUGACCUCACUGCCAGGGUUGUAACACAGUUGUGGUUAGUCAUGAAAUUCUUUGGCACUUUUAAAGGAAACACACCUUUUAAAGGCAACAUAGAACAUUUGCUUUUGCUGUAAUUUUCAGAAAUGGAUGGAUUUGGGGAUUAGUAUUUCAUAGCAACUAUUUGUUACACUGACCUCUUUAAAGGUUUAUGUUCAUAGAUGCUGGAAAAAAAAACAUGAAAAAAAUACUGUUCUUGUAAUCUGGUUCCCAGACCCUACUUCAGACAAAACGGAGCAAAUUAUAGAAAUCAGGUCAGGGUACCAGACUAUUAGGCUUGCACCCGUUCACAGAUGUGUAACCGAUUGCAAACAAAAUGUUCACUAACCAAAUUUGGUCACUUGGGGGCAGUAUUUGGAAAAAAGUCAGUGUUUGCGAUAGAAAACUAGUAUUAUAGAAAAGGGAUAUAAUUCUUGAAAAUGACAGCACACCAGGUGCCACAAUUUCAAAGGAUGCUUGAGACUAUUAUUCACUUACAGUCAAGUAAGAUAUUUCAUAAUAAUUUGGCGGUUUUGCUUUUUUUGAUGUUGGCAAAUGUUGUACCGGUAUAUUGCCUUUAAUUGCCAAAUUGUUUAGUAGCAUUCUUUUGGGUGUUGCAGAAAGCUUACUAUCCUUCAUUUUUAUUUUUCACUGACACAUAACACCCCCGAUCCCUUUGAGACUUGCUGUCCACAGUCACACCAAGUUAUAUUAUUUCAACGAUUAGAGAUAAGUACAUGAAAAGUUUGACUUAAAAAAUGGUAAACCUUCAUAAUGUCACAAUGAGUCUGUAGCUGUGUGCAUAUCCCCUCUUGUGAAUAUCUGAGCACUUUCAUUGGUUAGAGUCAAUUAUGAUGUCAUUGUGUAAACUCAUGAAUAAUGCAUUAGCUGAUAAAUAAAGUGAAACGCCUUGAUGUAAAAAGCUUUUUGACUAUAGAUGUACAUGUAUAUCAUAUCCUUGCUUUGCAGAAAUAAAGUACAUGUGUAAAUCAGCUAUGACACUGCCGUAUGAUAAUCAUUCCAGCAUGAAUAUUUAUAUCAAUUGAAUAUUCAGAUUUAUUCAGUUAAACAUGAAUAUUCAUUUAUUACUCAUUUUAACACCUAAAAGGUCAUCUUGUACAUGUGUCCAAUUUGUCAUUCCGAAAAACGGAAUACCAUUCAAACUGCUGUACAUGUAUUUGGUUUGCUGCACCCUAGAUGGUGAUAUAGCUCCUUUGAAAUAUCAUGAAUAUUAAUAAGGUGUCUUAAAUAUUCAUAUUUUUUUCUUUUAGUUUAUCGGUUACUCUUACAGUAUUCUUUCUUCAUGCACCUGUAUAUUCAGAUUCUUAAUAAUCGCCAAAAAAGUGUAUGCGUUCAAUCGAAAUGUUAUUUUUGUAAGAAAGAAAUUUUUUAAAACAGUAUUCAUAAUUUUGUUAAGUUUUUAAAAUGUUUUAAAUGACAUACAUCUUUAGCGCAUACGGUGUAUGAUUGCACAAAAUGAAUGCAUAUUGAUAUGUAGCAUAUGUGUAUUUAGCAUACCACACUGUUGUUAGAGUCUGGCUCCUUUUUUUUAUCCCCAUAAGGCUAAUGUGUGGAGACCACAGGGGACCCUCCAUGUCAAGUGAAAUUCUGCAUUAUUCACAAUUAUUAAUGCACAAUUUAGACAAUCCUAAAAAAGCAGUGUAAGGCAAAAAAAAAAAAA